AUGCCGUCGCGGUCGCGGAGCCCCAAGCGCGUGCGGAGGGAGGGGGACCGGCGGCGGAGAAGUCGCUCCCACGCAAGGAAGCACGAGAGGCGAAGGAGCCGCUCCCUGCCCAAGGGCAGAUACAGGAGCCGGUCUGGUUCGCGGGACCGAUACAGGUCUAGGCAUCAUCGCCAUCGUUCUUACUCCAGGUCUCGUUCACGAACUCUCCGACGGACACCCCCGAGGCAUUCUGACACUGAGUCGCUAUCCGGCCAGACCUCAGUAAGCCGGGGCUCCAAUGGAGAGCCAGGUCAUGAAGAAGUCAAUGAACAAGUGCGGAAAAGGCGGCAAGCUGAACUGGAGAACGAACUCAUAGAGGAUGAGGCCCAGCGACAGGUCAACCAGCUGAUAGAACAGAGAGUGAGGGAAGCAUUGGAGUCUGAUGUUGUUCAGCAAUCUCUUGACCUCAAGUUGACGCAAGAGCGAAAGAGAAUCGAACUGCAGGUGGAGAAAGAUCUUCAGGAAGAGCGUGAACGAGCAACCCGAGAUCAAGAGAGGGCAAAGCAGGCCAUCAAGAAAAAAGAGGAAGAAUUUGCCCUUAUUGAGGAAGAAAGGAGAAGGGAGGAGGCUGCUGCUCUCAAGAUAAAAGAAGAUGAAGAACGGAAGAUGUACGAAAAACGCUACCUGGAACUGCAAGAACUUCAGAAGAAACGGCAAGAGGAAUUGAAGAGAGAGCGGAAGGAAGAGCAACGGAAAAAGAAGGAGCAAUCACGUAUACUUGGGAAGGGCCGACAGAAAGUGUCAUUCAACCUGUCAUUGUGA